CUCAGACACUUGAACUAAGCGGUGUCAAUUUUAAGGGCCCCUGAAGGAAACCUCCAUUGACCACUUAUUAGUACCUAAUGAAGUGGCCAGCGAGCAACCAAAAGAUUCCCUGAUCAACACCUGACGAGACAAGGUGAAAGUCACAAAAGGAGUGAAAGUGCCCCAGAGGGAGACGUAGUCAAUCCAGUGUGCUGAGCUGAGGUCAGAUCCGCAAUUCCCACAGUAGGAGAAGAGGUCAAGAUUCGUAGCAGUCAGCAGGCAGACCAUAAAAUAUGCUAGCUGAAGACAUAUUGGCACACGAGGUACACCAGAGGGGGAGAAAGUCUCCUUUGAAGGUGCCAUCUCAAGUCCUUUUAUGUGAAAGCUUCAAAGUGAAUGUUCCGCAAGGACUAUUUGUUAUUCUGCUGCUGGUAACGCCCUCGCUGGCUGAGGGACCCCUUGAUGCCGAGGGGGGUCUUGAGCUUCAGGAUCCUGGAAGUUCCCAUUCCUGACUUUGUCCACUGAUUCGAUGAAUAUGGAUUGCUUUUUGUUGGCUCUUCAGCAGGAAUCUCAUCCCGGCUGUGGUCACUCUUGCCGUUCAUCACAAGAGGCGGCGCGGUGACUGCUAAAUGCUGACGUUCUCACCUUGUGGACUGACCCGCCUGCUCUCUGCAUCCUAUCAGUCGUCAUGGAGGAACCACAGAGAAAAAAGACUCAGCCACAUGAAGGCACCAAACCUAGAAAGGUCAGGUUCAAAUUGGCGUCGUCUUACAGCGGCCGGGUCCUGAAGCACGUGUACGAGGACGGGCAGGAGCUGGACAGCCCCGAGGAGAAGUACCCCCACAGCUUCCUCCCACACGGCAAGAUAACACCCAGCCACCUGGAGAUGGAGCAGCUGUGCGGUUUUGAGGAGCCUCCGUUGGCGCGGCAGGGUGUCGAGCCCCCAGCAGGGCUCAUUGCCCAGAGAGUCAACGUGUACAGAGGAAUGGGAAACUACAAGGCAUCUGUGGGCCAGACCAACCAAACAGAUGGAAACACUAAAUCGUCAGUGUUGGACUUUGGAAGGAUCAUCAUCUACACCAGCAACCUGCGCAUCGUUCGGGCGCCGGCAAGGAAGACCGACGUGUCACGCCUCGGUGCAGCGCACGCUGUGACCGCGGAGGAACACCGGCGUGCCCGUGAGAGGGACAACAGGAGGCGAGCCAAGGCCCCGGGCACCCAAGAGGUUGAGCGGCAAACGGCGACGCACGAGUGCAUGCGCCCAAGCUCCCCUUGUGAUCUCCAGGAGAUGGACGGCUGCCAGCUCUGCGGCGGCUCGGGCCGCACGCCGUGCUCGCUCUGUCACGGCAGCAAGCUGUCCAUGCUGGCCAACCGCUUCAACGAGUCCAUCAGCGAUCUGCGCUGUCCGGCCUGCUACCCUCACGGCCUGGAGAGGUGCCAGGCAUGUGCCGGCAAAUCGCGGUUUUUGCCCACUGCUCGUGCCCGGCGUGGAGGGGAGCCAGCCAGCCAGUGAAUGGAAGUGUCUUUGACGCUCAAGUGUGUGUCCAGGCGGCACUGUUGCUUAAUCCCAAAUGUUCAUGGCAGGGUUUCAAGCGUAAACCAUGGCUGAAUAGGGGAAUUAUGACUGUGCAGCACGCUCGUAAAAUACAUUUUACUCUGUGCGGUGAACAUAAUCCCCCAUUUUGUGCAGGUCACAUUAUUUUCCAUCCCUGCUUGGCUUAAUUAAAAUGAUGCAAAAAUUAAGAGAUGUGUUUUACGUAGUAUGAACCUAUUUAUUAUUGAUUGAAGCAAUAUCUCUGCACCAGAAUCAAGCAUUAUUUAUAGGCUACUUACAUCAUGUGUUGUAUGCUAUUUCCGAGGGAAUGAGAUGGAUGCUCAGCAUUUUGAAAGCCUUUUUAACAAUAAUAAUUGAAAUAAUUGUCAUAUUAGAAGUGUGUAAUAGAUUGCAGGGCCAUUUGAUGUUUUUUUUUUUUUCACAAAAUAGUUCUGAUUGAAUUCUCGAGA